GACACAUUAAGGGCUCUGAAAGGGCUGCCAGGACUGGUGUCUUCACUCAAAACCGUCCUAAACAAAUGGCAGAUUCACCUUCUUCCAUGAAUUCCAGCCAAAGCGACUCACCAUGCACUGGCAGUGACACUGGCAGUGAAGACAUGAUGUCAUUGAGCAACUCAUCAGUGCAAGUCCCAAAACGUCUCUAUCAGAGGCUGAGUGGGAGGAGGAUGUCCCUCUUUACACAGGAACUGGCCACAUUGGUGUUUGGAAGGGAAACUUUGGCCAAGGCAAUCCUCACAGGGAAAGGGAAAAAAGGCGAGCUGAAGGAGCAGCUUGAGCCAGAAAAAACCAACGCAAUUAUAGAUGCAGUGAGGGAGCGAUUCCCCAACACAGAGGUGACCGAGAUCCGGGCCCUUCUACGGAGGAAGUGCAACAAUGAGAGCUACAAGGCCUUAUCUCAUAAUCAGAUUGAGGAACCUGAGGGAGCCAAAAGAAAAAGGGAUGAGUUCAGCGAGUGGGAGGAUUAUGGUGAAGAAGAUGGCGAGAAAGACGAGGUUCGGGGCUACAUUGACAGCCAGUUCUUGUGGGAUGGGGAUGAUCUUCUACGUUUCUGGGAGUCGCAGUCAAAGGCCUUCCCUCUGCUUGCCAAGGUGGCAAGGAUGAUUCUCUGCAUCCCAGCAACAAGUGCAUUGAGCGGACGUUCAGCUCAGCCGGCCGGGUGCUCGAGUCCAGGCGAAACAGACUCAACCCCGGCACAGUUGAUACCAUUCUUUUUUUGCACAGUGCCGCAUGUUAAAUGCCAAUGCCUUCAUGAAAAUAGCCAUAUGUGGUACAGUUUAUAAUUCUAUUAUGUGCUAUAAGAAACCUUUAGAAAACAGGUGUAGCCUGUAGGUAGACGCUCUGUUUUAGCCUAUGUAGUUAAUAUGUUCAUUUAUUCUUUUUAUUGCAAAUAAUACCUACAAAAAUGCAAGCCUAAAUUUAGUUUAAUUUAUGAUUUAUUUAUUGUUUAUUUUGAUACAUUAAUAUAUUUAUUAUUAUAAAGAUUUGAAUUUGUUGUUGCCAGUUCCCAGUGCCCCUCGAAGGGCUGUUUUCAAGCACAUUUGUCAGACCAAAUGAAAGUCUUAUUCAAUGACAUAUUUAACGUGUCUUUAACCCUCUGUCGCAUAGCGGUCACUACAGUGGACAGCUGUUUAAAAGUCAUCUUCUCCAAAAUGCAAUAGUUUCUAUGGUGGAAUUGCAUAUCAGCCGUUAGAAUGCUCUCUGCUGCCCCCCUCCAUUGAGGUUUAUUCAGUGGUUAGUUGUUGUAACUACAAGUGAACCUCCUCUGAAUCCAAGAUGGCCGACAGACAGCCACACCUGUUGACCACUGCUGGAAUAUCCUGUCAAUCCUUUUAUACCAGGAGAACCCUAGAGGUAAAACAAAAUACAAUGGUAUGCAGGAAUAUCUAAGGAACAAUAUUAUUCUUUUAGUUUUGAACAUUUUAUUUCAAAUAAGUAGUAAAUUGUGAUUAACCAUGUGUCCAAUGAAGUGGACAUCAUGCACAAAAGUAUAUUUCCAACACAAGUCAUGUGGUUGAUUCAUCUUUUAUUAUGACUAUCUUGGUUGUAAUUCAGUGCAUUUUGGGUAUAUUUAUGUUAGUUUUUAAAAAAUUAUACAUUUUUGUGCAGAUUAGUUGUAGUUUGUGUUUGUAAAAAUGAUCAUUUUGUCAUAUUUUUAGACCACAAGUGCAGCAAAGAAUAGGGAAGACUAUAGAAUAGUCCAGGAAAUCAACACAUGGGUGGGGUGGAUCUUGUUGACCAGUGUGUGGCAAUGUAUCCCCACAGACGUAGA